AUGUCCUGCCGCUCCUACCGGAUCAACUCAGGAUGUGGGGUCACCAGGACCUUCAGCUCCUGCUCGGCUGUGGCCCCCAAAACUGGCAACCGCUGCUGCAUCAGCGCGGCACCCUACCGAGGGGUGUCCUGCUACCGGGGGCUGACGGGCUUCGGCAGCCGCAGCCUCUCCAACCUGGGCUCCUGUGGGCCCCGCAUGGCCGUGGGCGGCUUCCGCGCCGGCUCCUGCGGCCGCAGCUUCGGCUACCGCUCCGGCGGCGUGUGUGGGCCCAGCCCGCCCUGCAUCACCACCGUGUCGGUCAACGAGAGCCUCCUCACGCCCCUCAACCUGGAGAUCGACCCCAAUGCGCAGUGCGUGAAGCACGAGGAGAAGGAGCAGAUCAAGUGUCUCAACAACCGGUUCGCUGCCUUCAUCGACAAGGUGCGCUUCCUGGAGCAGCAGAACAAGCUUCUGGAGACCAAGUGGCAGUUCUACCAGAACCAGCGCUGCUGUGAGAGCAACAUGGAGCCCCUGUUCAAUGGCUACAUCGAGACGCUGAGGCGGGAGGCCGAGUGCGUGGAGGCCGACAGCGGGAGGCUGGCCUCGGAGCUCAACCACGUGCAGGAGGUGCUGGAGGGCUACAAGAAGAAGUAUGAAGAGGAGGUGGCUCUGAGAGCCACGGCAGAGAACGAGUUCGUGGUUCUGAAGAAGGACGUGGACUGCGCCUACCUGCGGAAAUCAGACCUGGAGGCCAAUGUGGAAGCGUUGGUGGAGGAGUCUAGCUUCCUGAAGCGCCUCUACGAUGAGGAGCUCCAGGUUCUCCAUGCCCACAUCUCAGACACCUCGGUCAUCGUCAAGAUGGACAACAGCCGGGACCUGAACAUGGACUGCGUUGUGGCCGAGAUCAAGGCUCAGUACGAUGACAUCGCCAGCCGCAGCCGGGCUGAGGCCGAGUCCUGGUACCGCAGCAAGUGCGAGGAGAUGAAGGCCACGGUGAUCCGGCACGGGGAGACCCUGCGCCGCACCAAGGAGGAGAUGAACGAGCUGAACCGCAUGAUCCAGAGGCUGACCGCUGAGAUCGAGAAUGCCAAGUGUCAGCGGGCCAAGCUGGAGGCCGCCGUGGCCGAGGCAGAACAGCAGGGAGAGGCGGCCCUGAGCGACGCCCGCUGCAAGCUGGCCGAGCUGGAGGCCGCCCUGCAGAAGGCCAAGCAGGACAUGGCCUGCCUGCUCAAGGAGUACCAGGAGGUGAUGAACUCCAAGCUGGGCCUGGACAUCGAGAUCGCCACCUACAGGCGGCUGCUGGAGGGCGAGGAGCACAGGCUGUGUGAAGGUGUGGGCUCCGUGAAUGUCUGCGUCAGCAGCUCCCGUGGCGGAGUCUCCUGCGGGGGCCUCACAUGCAGCACCACCCCGGGGCGCCAGAUUGCCUCUGGCCCCGUGGCCACCGGAGGCAGCAUCACGGUGAUGGCGCCCGACUCCUGUGCCCCCUGCCAGCCCCGCUCCGCCAGCUUCAGCUGCGGGAGCAGCCGGUCUGUCCGCUUUGCGUAG